AUGUCGGCAAUCAACCACGCAAACUCGUCCGACGGCGCGUCAGCUGCUGCCUCUCAGCUCGCCACCUCACCCUUCUCGCCUCAUGCAAACGUUUUUGGUCCCAAGUCAACCAUGCCCUUGGAUGCCUCUGGUCGUGUUCAUACUUCUAACUCUGACAACCAGUCUAUCAGCAGUCGUUCAAACUCUUUCACCUCUUCCGCUCAUGACCACACCUCGGCUCCAGCCUCCACCAAAGCUACAUCCGUCCCCACAGCUCAUUCAUCCAACGCAGUUUUUCCUACCUCUCCCCUCUCGAGUGCAGCUGCCGCACCACCAUCCGCAGGACUGUACAGCUUCACCGAUCGUAUCCGUAACACUAGCGAUCAUUCCAGGCAGAGCAGCAGCGGCGCCAUUUCCAACUUAAGCGCCACUUCCUCCAUAGGCGCCGGCGCCCCUCUCACCUCUCGCCUCGCACAAUCGUCUCUCGCGCCCAACGCCAUCGAUCAACUUGGCUCAUCUCCGUCCUUCUUCCUCAACGCCCGUUCUUCUACCUCGCUCGCCCCACCGACGGUAGCCAAUCAGCAGCAGCGCCGUCUUUCUUCGACGUCUGCUUCACACAAUGAUUCCCCAUCCUUACGACUUCCAGAUGGCUCCAAUGGUGGCGCCAGACCUCCUUUCGGUCGACAAUCCUUGUCCGACGGCCCAUCCUCCUCGGCUCACAUGCUGCUCUCUGCCGAUGCUUCAUCUUCCUCCAUGGAUGCACGAUCUGGCUCCUAUUCGGGCAGCUUCCCCUCGGUCGGUCAUCCCAGUCCCUUACCACAGCAUGCGUCCGCAUCAGCCGCUGGCCUCUACGAUCCGCAGUCCGGCAUCAACACACCCCCGGCACCCACCACCGGCCCGCUUUCCGCCUCGGAUCCCCGCACGCAACUGCUUGUCUCCAACUUGCCAUACCGCGUUCGAUGGCAGGAUCUCAAGGAUCUAUUUCGCAAAGCUGGCACUGUUCUUCGCGCCGACGUCUCCCUCAGUGCUGAUAACCGCAGUCGAGGCUAUGGCACGGUGCUUAUGGCAACCGAGCAAGACGCCAUCAAGGCAGCCGACUUGCUCGGUGGCUUCACUUGGCAGGGUAGGACACUUGACGUUCGUGUCGAUCGGAGCGGAACGCUCGUUGGCGUCGCUGGUAGCGCCGUAAUAUCCACGAUUGCCUCCAAUGCCGCAUCCUCUCCCAGUGGUUUUGCCAACGGCCAGCCGGCGCCCAACCCCAGCGCCUUUUCGCUCGACCAGAACGCAGGUGGGCAGCAAUUCCUCGGCGUACCAGCUGGCAGCUUCAACGCCGGUAGCAGCUCUUCCCCAGGCUCCUUUUCGGGCGCAGCUUCCCCUUCCGCCCUCUCUCAACACGUCCGUGCAACAGGCUACCCGCAGCAAACGUCUUCACGCCUAUCCUUCUCGGCACACCCUGAUGCCGGUCAGAUUGGCGGCGACGCGCAUGCUUCCGAGCUUGAGAGAGCCAUGCUGCAAGGCCACGCCUUCCCCAAUGCUUCUGGCCACGGUACACCCAACCGCCAACGACCUGCAUCCAAUCUUGACGCUACAUCUGGUGCUCAGGCUCAGCAUCGUGCAGUCUCAGCCGUCCAGUCGCUCGCCUCAAAUCCCUUGGGUUCACGCCGAGGAUCCGACGUUGGCAGCGCUGUCGGCGACGGCUCUCCGUCUCCUGGUCUCUGGACCGCCACCGUCAACGAUGUGGCUUCUAGCAUGUUUUCGCAAAACGCGGGUGGCUCAUCCGUGCCGACUGGAUUUCCAGGUGCACCUGCCAUGGCGCCUUGGCCUGCGGGACCAGGCUCGUUUGGAGAGCAAGCGAUGACUUCCAUGCAGUCGCAACCCUUUGGUUCGCAGAUGCCAACCACCUCGUAUGCCGGCAGGGUGCUGUUCGUUGGCAAUUUGCCGUUCCACUGCCAGUGGCAAGAUCUCAAGGACCUCUUUCGUGCAGCUGGAAACAUCCAGCGAGCCGAUGUUGCAAUUGGUCCCGAUGGCCGAAGUCGAGGCUUUGGAACCGUUCUGUUCGCAUCGCAGGAGGACGCUCAGAAUGCAGUGCGUCUGUAUCAUGGCUACGAGUAUAGCGGUCGGACGCUCAAAGUUCACUUUGAUCGUUUCGCAGCACAGAACGGACCUGCAGUUGGCACGCCCGGCAAUCCGGCACAAUACACUGGCGCGUUUGCUGCUGCAGCUCUUCCCUCUCACAUGACCAACACCGUCCGAGCACCUCCCGCGGUUCCUCAAGUACAGCAGCAUGCUUUGCAGGGCACAUUCGCCCAACCACAUUAUUCGCAACAAGUAGUACAUCAACAGCAGCAAAGGGCCGGCUUCUCCGGGUCCUUUGGCUCGAUGCAGCGGCAGGGGCAAACAUCCUUCGGUCAAACAGCAUUCCAGUAUUUGGCGUACUCUUCGGCCUAUCAACCUUCGCAGCAACAGCAGCAACGCUCGGAGUUACAGUAUCAGCAAAGAUACGCUCAACAGCCACAGCAGAUGUCAUCCGGCUUCUCCGCCUUUGCCAGCACCGGCGACACUGGUGCAUCCCUGCAGACACUUGCCUCAUCUGAACACCCUUUCUCAUCAUCUGGCAAUCUGAACGAUCUUCGUCAAGCCAGCCAGGUCAGUACUGGAGCGCAGCCCCUUGGCAUCUACUCUGAAAACAGCGAUUCUCUAGGCGAAACGGAAUUUACGUCAGAUCGAGAAGCUGACUAUGGCAUCUCUAUCGCGAUGCCUACCAACGAUUUUGGCGCUGCUUCGUCCUACUUGCCCUCGGACCUCAUGUCUCCCGGCCUUGUCUCUCCACCGGCACCGACUCAGCAAAGUCAGCAGAUCAGCUCGCAUCCGGGUCGCAUUCAGCUGCCUGCGACCGACUUUGCCAACAGCUUUGGCGCUGUGAUGCGCGGUGCACCAGCGGACCAAAUGAGCCCUAUGACCGCACGCAUGCAGAUUCCCAUGACUCCUGGCAUGCCUGGAUUCACGUUUCAGCGGAUGGCAGAGACACCUCCGCUCUAUCCGCAGUUCCUUAGUCCAGGCCUGGGUGCAUUCGGCCCAACGGUUGGCGGCAGUUCUCAAAUGGGCGGUGGUCUUGAGGCAGCUUCCCAGUAUGAAAGCGCAAGCGUUGACGGCGGCAGUGGUGACUACAUGAAUGCAGCUUCUGGUCCUCGAUAUAACGUUCCGGUUCCGCUGACACCUGGUGCUCCGAUCGGAUAUAACCCCAUGUUCUCCACGGAAGGUGGUCAUGGCAGCGCACAUGGUGUGCAUCAACAGCCGCCUGCGACGCCCCACUGGUCUCAACCCUCUCGACCACGCAGGGGUGUUGGCAGCAAUGGCACAGCCACGCGACAGUCGAUGGGCGCUCCCAAUCCGGAAGCGGACGAGGUAGUGGAUACUGAAAAUCGAGCAGGGAUCGCAAAGACGCCAGGCGCAGGUCCUCGGCGUUCUUCGCAUGUCGAUCUGGAUGGUGGCCACACAGCGCCUUCACGACGGGCUUCCGUUGCUACACCAGGUGUUAUGGAACAUGCGACCGACGAUGGCUACCCGUUCCCGGUAGUAGCUGCAGGAAAUGUGUCGCAUCUCACACGUCGUGCAUCUAUGGACUCGCCAGCUCAAACCCCGCUCGCAUUGGGUCCUGCUGAGUCGUCGAGCUGCAGCAACAAGCCAAAGUCUGACUCUGUACCGGUCAAUGCGUCUACAGGUGAGAUGCUAGCGGGGACCAGCGCCGAAGAGCUCGCCAAGACGAUCGCUAGGCUUAGUGUCAAGGGUACGGCACUGGCUAAAGAGUCGAACACACGACGCAGUCUCAGCAUGACAGCUGAACGCAGUGCAACAGCGUCCGCCAUGGCCAAGCUCCGAGAGAAGGCUGAAACCUCGACGCCUGCAGCUCAUGAUGAUGCUCAGGCGGAUGGCAUGUCGAGCUUAGGAGCUGCAUUCGCUGGCAAUGUUAAUUCAGCUGGUGCCACUAAGGUAUCUAGCCCCCUAGCCAACUCUGGAAGCAACGCAUCGUAG